GAGAGGAUCCUGGUAAUAGAUUAACUCAGUGAACACAUACGGUAUCAGCCCCAGAGUGGUACGGAAGGAAGCACAGCCAGAAGUUUAAAGUUCGUGCCAGAGGACAGCUGUACCAGCAGGAGGCAAGACUUUGGGAAGAGAGGAUUUUAACAUUGGAAAAGCCAUGGCGGACUCUAACAAGAUGGUCAUCAACUUGGCCGUCUUUGGCAUGACGCAGAGUGGGAAAAGUUCUGUGGGGAAUGUUCUGCUGGGAAGUACUGACUUCCACAGUGAAUUUGCUCCAUGUUCUGUGACCAAAGACUGCCGUCUGGGCCGCAGUUGUCUCCUCCACGGCUUUAUGCGUCGAGCGGGGAGAGAGAUGGCCUUGCAGGUGAAGGUGUUAGACACGCCAGGUUAUCCCCACAGCAUGCUGAGUGAGCGCCGUGUGGAACAGGAGGUCAGGGAGGCCCUGGCCCAUCACUUUGGACAAGAAGGUCUCCACCUUGCUCUACUGGUCCAGAGAGUGGAUGUGCCUCUCUAUGGGCAGGAAGCAUUGGCCCCCAUCCAGCUGCUUCAGGGACUUCUGGGCCAUGCUUGGAAGAAGCACACCGCCAUUCUCUUCACCCAUGCAGAAAAACUAGAAGAGGCUGGGCUCAGUGAAGAUGAGUACUUUCGUGAGGCUUCAGACACACUGCAGACACUCCUCGGUUCUGUUCAGCACAGAUACGUUUUCCAGUAUAAGACAGGCCACUCGCUCGGUGAACAGAGAAUGGAAGUCUUAGAAAGACUCAUGGAUUUUAUAAAAGAAAACGGCUACCAAGUUCUGAGCUUAAAUAAAAUUUAGAUGAAAGACAA